GGGAUUACGCGCAGUGGUUGGGGUAGGUCGCCUCCACCUCCGCUCCUCUUGUCCUGGCUUUGAGCGGGGCUGGGUUGAAAGCUGUGCGUGCGUUUUAAAAAGACUCCCCACGCCACACCGCGCUCCGUAGCUGCUCGUUUGUUUAUCCCCUGCGCGCACACAUCCAUCACUCCAACCUCAAACAAAACUGCACUUUUCCCUGGACCAAAAUGACGCAGUGGAUGUGUGCGCAACCGCGGCUUACCUGAACAAGUGGACUUUUACGCACGGUUUGGAUAUCUUAUUUUAUCACGCGCUGCGGUCGAUUCCUGCAAAUAAACCUUUUCCUUUUAAAACCAGAGCCUGAACACAAGACUAUGCAGUUGUUUUUGCUUUGUCUUUAACACCCCCACGUUGUCUAACAUCUUGUAAUAGGAUUUGCCAUCAUUUCAAGCUGGACCAGUGGGGACACGCGUACUAGGGACUCAACAAAGGCACCCCCCCGGGAUCUCCUCGUCUUUUUUACAUCUUUUUACGUCUUUUUUCUUGAUCAUAAUGGGGCUACCUGCGCUGGAAUUUAGUGACUGCUACCUGGACAGCCCCUUGUUCAGAGAGAGGCUCAAAUCCCACGAGCUGGAGCUGGACAAGACCAACAAGUUUAUCAAGGAGCUUAUCAAGGAUGGAAAGGCGCUAAUACAAGCCUUCAAAAGUUUGUCUACGGCCAAGAGGAAAUUCGCUGACUCCCUGAACGAGUUUAAGUUUCAGUGUAUCGGCGAUGCGGAGACGGACGACGAGAUGUGUAUAGCCAAAUCGCUCCAGGAGUUUGCAGCUGUGCUUCAGAACCUGGAGGACGAGAGAACACGGAUGAUUGAAAAUGCAAACGACGUAUUGAUCAUGCCUUUGGAGCGCUUCAGGAAGGAGCAGAUCAGUGCGGCCAAGGAAGCCAAGAAAAAAUAUGACAAAGAAACGGAAAAGUAUUGUGCCGUCUUGGAAAAACAUUUAAGUUUAUCGGCGAAGAAGAAGGAGUCCCAUCUACACGAGGCCGACAACCAGGUGGACAGCGUACGGCAGCAUUUCUACGCGGUUUCUCUGGAGUACGUGUUCAAAGUUCAGGAGGUGCAGGAGAGGAAGAUGUUUGACUUUGUUGAACCUUUGUUAGCGUUUCUCCAGGGCCUGUUUACAUACUAUCACCAUGGAUACGAGCUCGCCAAAGACUUCAAUCACUUCAAGACCAACCUGACCAUCAGCAUACAGAACACGAGGAACCGUUUCGAGAGCACGAGGUCGGAGGUGGAGAGUCUGAUGAAGAAGAUGAAGGAGAACCCUCAUGAGCACAAGAGCGUGAGCCAUCACACCAUGGAGGGAUACCUCUUUGUACAGGAGAAACGUUCUUUUGUAUCUACCUGGGUGAAGUACUACUGCACAUACCACAGGGAACCCAAGAGGAUCACUAUGGUUCUUUUUGACCCCAAAUCAGGAGGGAAAAUGGGAGAAGAGGAAAGCUUUAUUCUCAAGUCUUGCACUCGGAGGAAAACGGACUCGAUAGAAAAGAGGUUUUGUUUUGACGUGGAAGCCGUUGACCGGCCCGGCGUCAUCACCAUGCAGGCGCUGUCAGAGGAGGACCGCAGGCUGUGGAUGGAGGCCAUGGACGGACGGGAACCUGUUUACAAUCUCAACAAAGACAACCAGACGGAGGGCAUGGCCCAUCUGGACGUGAUCGGGUUCAACGUGAUGAAGAAGUUUAUUUACGCUGUGGAGACGAGAGGUAUCGAUGAACAAGGCUUGUACAGAAUUGUUGGUGUUAGUUCCAAAGUCCAAAAACUACUGAGUUUAGCGAUGGAUCCCAAAACAUGUGCUGAUGUUGAACUGGACGGCGGCGAGUGGGAGAUCAAGACCAUCACAAGUGCAAUCAAGUUCUAUCUCAGAAUGCUGCCAGCUCCACUGAUGACGUACCAGUAUCAGAGGAGUUUCAUCAAAGCUGCCAAGCUGGAUAACCAGGACACUCGUGUGAGGGAGAUCCACGCGCUGGUUCAUCGUUUGCCUGAAAAGAACAGACAGAUGCUGGAGCUGCUCAUGAAACACCUGGCCACCGUCGCCAGUCAUCACCAGCACAACCUCAUGACCGUGGCGAACCUGGGCGUGGUCUUCGGUCCCACUCUCCUGCGACCCCAGGAGGAGACUGUGGCGGCCAUUAUGGACAUCAAAUUCCAAAACAUCGUCGUGGAAAUCCUCAUCGAGCACCACGAGAAGAUUUUCAGGGAGGCGCCAGUGGGAGCGUCUAACUCUCAACCGUCCCGAAGAGGAAGUGCGGUGAACAGGACGCCGUCGUGCUGUGAGAGGCCGCUCACGCUGUUCCACACGCCAACGCACUCCCAAAAGAGUGAGAAGAGGAACAGUGUGGCGAGCGCUCCCGUGGCGGAGCUCCAGUCCAACGCGGCCAACACAGCCAACUGUAACAGCAGCAGUAGCAGCAGCAGCGGCAGCAGCCAGGGCCGGACCCCGAGGAACAGCCUGACCAGCACAGAUGGAGAGCAGGAGGGCAAGCACAACAGGCCCUGCUCACUGUUAAAUCCCAAGAACAGAAGCAGCAUACCAACCAGUACUUCCUCUCCCAGUCCUACGUCGCCUCGCUCGCCGUCCUGGCCCAUGUUUUCCGCUCCAUCGAGCCCACACCAAAUGUCCUCCACAUCCAGCGACUCCUCCCCUGGAAGUAUCUCGGGGAGGAAAGCGAGGGCUCUGUACGCCUGCAAGGCCGAACACGACUCCGAGCUGUCCUUCAUCGCCGGGACCAUCUUUGAAAACGUUCAUGCAUCCAGAGAGCCGGGCUGGUUGGAGGGGACCCUGGGCGGACGCACUGGACUCAUCCCGGAAAACUACGUGGAGUUUGUAUAACCAAGAAACUGGAUCACCAAAUAGACUGGGGUACAAAACUGGACCGAACAAACCAGACUGGAGAUGUGGUAUCGAAACUUGCACUGGAUAAAAUGAAAAAGACCAAAACUGGCCGUUAGUAUUGAUUUCAUGUUUUUUUUGUUUUUUUUUUCCUUGAAGACAAUAUAAUAAUGGACUUGGAAUGUGUUUGUGCGAAACAAAACAACAGCGGGGGCAGGAUAGGAAAAAGAGUCGCUUUGAAAUGCGCCGAGGAGCUGGACUGUCCUUCCUUUUCCUUCCUGGACAAAACCUUCACCUCAUAUGUCAACAAGAACAGGCUUUUAGAUCGAAAUUAAAGAAAUAAAAUGAAAUAGGGCUGCGCAAUUUAGAUUUUUUAAGUGUUUUUUAAAAGUCGAAACCAAUACAAUGUGCGGAAUAUCGCCGUCAGCAAAAAAAUAACAUCAAUUUUAACAUAAAUUAUUAGUUUUAUCGUGAUUUUUUCUGGACAUUCAAAGUUUCUGUCCAAUUUGGUGUUAUUUUUUUACAAUUCCCACUUGCAAAAUGGCAGAAAUGUAAUGCGUUACACAGGCGAUGUCGCGAUUUCGGUGAAACGCCUCGCAAAAGGACUCGCCAAAAGGACUCUACUGCAAUCAAUCCGCCAAUUUUACAGUUAAAGAGCGAACUACUUUGAAGACGUGCGAUUACUUUCAAACAAAACAACAAAAACGUGAGAAUUCAAGAUGGAAAACAACAUUUUAAAAGCUUUGUCAGUCCCAAAACAUUAUAUUCUACCUUCAAAAUCUCCGUUUAAUAAUAAUUGUAGUGGAUUUUUUAGGUUAAUCUGCGAUAUUUUGUGCAACCCUGCUCUUUGUGAACCACGCCAGCAGGUUUAACACUGGAGAGGAGCGCUGAUUCUUUGGGACAGGACUGAACUUGGAGAAAGUCCCGGGGCAGAUUCAGACGACGGGACGAUGUGUAACUCGGAGCGGUUCAGGAAAAGGCCACCAGCAAGUCACAAGCAGGCCAGGUGUUUGCUAAGACAGGUUCAGUACAAUAACAGACUGGUUCCCAUUACAUUCAAGUGUGAGAAAAUGGCAGAUUAGUUUUGUUUUUUUGUUUUUUUUUACCUUGGAUCUGGUAUCCUCGUGCUCAAAUCUGGUUCUUUAGGCACAAUGGGCGUGUGUAUGCAUUAUAAAAGCUAGCACUCCCUUAAUCUUUUAAAAUAUGUUAAAUAUAGGAGCCACUUUUAUUCAUAUUGGCCAGAUAAAUAUGCUGUUUGUGCGUGAGGGGGAAGGGUUCAUUUUUUUGUUUUUAAAGGAGCUGUACCUGAGUUUUACUGUCUUUACAAACACGCAAAACAGAACUAGUUUGUUUUAAAUAGUUAGCAAUGGUCCAAAGUUAUCAAUUUACCUUAUGCAUGCCGAGUAUCCUAAUUCUUCACAAAGUUUAUAAGCGCUUUUACAAGAGCGGAGUUUUGCCGUGACAGUAAAGCUAACAACAACUAGCAUGUUAAUGUGCACUUCCUGGAUAUAAAAUGAGUAUAAAAUGGUUUCUUUUUAGAUGCAGACAGGUCGCAGCUGCUUAUACAAUAUAUAUCUGUACUGGAGCGGGGCAAAUUUUGCUCAAAUACAUGUAAAACAAUUGGGUACAGAACCUUUAAGGUGACUAUUGCGAAAAAAAAAAAAAAAAAAAAAAGCAGCGUAAUCUCACACAGUAUUCAAUAACAACACAAUAUUACGUUUAUGGAGGAAAUAUUUCAAUAUAUUUCGUUCAUUUAAGCUCAAAUACAGUGAAUGAACCUUGGUCUGCGCUGGGCUUCAGUGAACACGUGUAAAAUACUGUAAAAGGGACAUGUGACUUUUAAACAGCAACAUUUUUAGACAAAUGUGAAAUGAGACUACUUUGUUCAUAUCUUAUUUAUACUUUGAAAAGGCUGAGCUGAUUUGUGUGCUGUGUUAAUGACUUUGUAAAUACAUAAACAACAUUUGAUAAGGUAAAAUUUUAAGUAUGAAAUUUUAUAUUUUAGCUAACUACUAACUUAAUUCCUUGUUGUUUGCCCAGAUUUUGUAUCAUUUGAGUUUGUAUGCAGCCUUAAAUAUGAUUUCAAAUGUGAUUUGAAAAUACCAUCAAUAAAAUACAUGUGAUUGA